AGAAUCCAAGACUUGCACCAACGUAUGAAACUGAAACUCAAAUACCCCGCCGGGUGUCAAGAUCCUAUAAUAAUACUCCAAUUUUCAAUGAAAAUACACCCUUCAAUAGAAACACUCAAUCAGCUAAUAAUCGAAUUCCUUUUAGAGAAAUCCCAGUCCGGGAACAUAGCUAUAGAGAUGCAAGCGGUGCAAGAGAAACUUAUUUGAAACGCCUUAAAAAUAUUCCCAAAUUUAAUGGCGAUUCGUAUAGUGAACUUAAAGAGUUCAUUAAUAAAGCGGAUACUUUAUACCAUUACAGUAGUAAUGAAAUUGAAGAGGACGAAUUCUUUGAACAGAUGAUAUUCCAAUUGGGUGAAGAACCCAAAAACGUUAUAAUCAAUCUCAAUAACCCAGAUUGGGUUACAAUUAAACAAAAAUUAUUGAAACAUUAUUCCUAUUUAUCAAACAAAGAUUUAUUGGCUAGUCAAAUAGAAAAUCUACAUCAAGAGAAAAAUGAAUCUAUUCUCAAAUAUUCAGAAAGAGCCAGAAAACUCCUAAGAGAACGCAAUGCGACUUACAGUAAUUUAUCAGAAGACCAGAGAAGAGAACAUAACAAAACAGCCCUCCGAGCUUUUGCCAGAGGCCUAGAUGACAAUAGAUUGAAAGAAAAACUAUCAAUUAGAGGUUCAGACACUCUUGAAAACUCCAUAGCUUACGCUUUAGAAGCAGAGAGUGAAAGUUUCCGUGAAAUUCCUCAGUUUGAAUUGUAUUGUAGAUAUUGUCGCUCAAAUGGUCACCGUGAAAGAGACUGCAGACGCAUGAAUAAUGGACCAAAUAAUAUAAAUGAUUUAGCUUCAAUUUUACGAUCUUUAAAUAUGUCAAAUCAAAAUAAUUUCAGAGACAAUUCUAGAAAUAAUAUGAGAACUCCUAAUGCCGGCUAUAGAUUCGGAAAUAAUAGAUUCAGUAAUUUCCCAAACCGACAAAAUUUCUCACGUAACAAUAAUUAUAGAAACCCUUUCAAUUACGAAAAUCGGAAUAACAGAAACUAUGAAAGUCAAAAUUUCAGAUAUAACAAUAAUAGACUCUAUGAUAGAGGUAGCCCAAAUAAUUUUAAUUAUAAUGGCAAUAAUCGCUAUAACAACAAUAACAAUGGCUACAAUAAUAAUGGCAAUGCCUGA